GACGUACGUCACCACACUGCGGUUAGCUUGUCUCUUCUGUCAUCAGGUAGCAGGAAGUCUCGUCCGGCGAACUUAGCCUCGCAAAGACGAAAAAACACCUGAAAUAAAGUCGGAUCAGGACGAAAACAGAGCAUGGAGGCGAACAGACCACCUCAGAAGACAGCCGGAGGUGCUACUGGACCAAAAGAGGAGGCCAGAAAGGCAGCAGCAGCUGCAGCCAGGGCCGCUAACCGCCUGCCUGAACUCCGUCUGGUGGUGCUGGGCUGGAGGUGGCCGGGGAAGAGCCUGACCGGGAACACCAUCAUAGGCCGAGAGGAGUUUCGCUUGGAGCGAGCGGCUGAGUUCUGCGUGAAGAGACAGACGGAGGUGCUGGGGCGACAGGUGACUGUGGUGGACACUCCAGGCUGGUUCUCCGCCCAGGAUACACCACCCUCCUAUAAAGAGGAGCUAGUGAGGGGAGCGUCUCUUUGCUCUCCAGGUCCACACGCCUUCCUGCUCGUCAUCCCCGUCGGCAUGUUCUCAGAGGUGGACCGCACUCGCAUCGAGGAGCACGUGAGCCUCUUUGGCGAGCACGUGUGGAAGCACACGGUUGUAGUUUUCUGCUGGGCGGAGGUGUUGAGGACCAUUUCAAUCGAGAGGUACAUUCGCAGGGAGGGCAAGGACCUGCAGUGGGUGCUGGAGAAGUGCAAGCGGAGGUACUUUGUCAUUAACAACAACAUAUUCGGGGAGCAUCCCCAGGUGGAGCGCUUGCUGGAGAAAGUGGAGAAGAUGGUGGCAGACGAGAAAGGCUACUACAGCCCGGGAGAGGUGGAGAAGGAGAAGAAACCUGUGGACGAGAACCAGAAUCCAGCUAGGGAUGUGCGAGAGCUCGGGGCACGGCCCAAACAGAACUCUGGGCUGAAUUUGUCCAAAGCCAUGGAGGUGGAGCCGCUUUCCAAUUAAGAAGACACCCUCUAAACCACGACUGCCUUUCUGCACUGAUGGCAAAGCUGACGGUAAACAACUAGAAAGAAAAGUUACCAAAUGUUCAAACAGGUGUGAUUUAUUGUAUUUAUUUUUCAAUCAGACAUGUUACUGUGUUGUUACGCUGUUUUCCAUGCUGUCCAAAGGUUUGUUCAGCCCUGUUUUGACACAGAAAGAUAUCUUUGUUGUGUGAAGAGACAGAUUCAAUCUGAAACGAGGAAGCAGCAGCCAUCAUUUUUAAACCCAGCGUGUACACUCCUUAGUCGUGGCGGAUACCGACGGCAGAACUGCACUACUAAAUUGCUGAGGGAAUCGCUUUUCUAACGAUUCCCAUUUGUUGUGACCAAACUGUAAAUGCUUUUCUCCCGCUGUAAUGUUUAUUAGAGACUCAGUGUACAGUUAUAAAAACACUCGAGCUGUUAUUGAUUUUCCUCUGUUGUGUGUUGCCUUAAAGAAACGUUUUGUUUCCUUUAAAUUGAUCUUUCAGAUGUUUGUAUCGGGGAUAUGUUUGAGGCGAGGACCGUCAGAGCUGCAGUGAUUAGUCACUCAACAGAAAACUAAUCAGAAACUUGUAACAGUAUGACUUUGGGUCAUGCCUAACAAUAUUUCUGUCAGUUUUGUGAGUCAGAUAUUAAACUAUUGAACCCUCAAGAACCCCCAAAAUCACAAACUAAAAUAUAAAAGUUGUGCCUAGUCUUGGUUCGGGCCCCUGGAUUACAGAUCCUUUCAGCCCGGUUCUCUGGAUGUUGGUCCUGUUAGAGUUUCACUGGAUGACCGCUGCAUGAACCGACGACCAUCCAUGAAUC